AUGGAGCACAUUAACUCCUCCCACUUCCCGACCAGGCCGUCAGAGCUGAGCAGCUGCUUCACCCACCAGGUGCUCCCGGCCCUCUACCUGCUGGUGUGUCUGGUGGGCGUGGUCCUCAACGUCCCGGCCGCCUGGCUCCUGCUGCGCGUGCCCAGCGAACGCCCCCUGGUGGUGUACCUGAAGAACAUGGUGGGGGCCGACCUGCUCCUCCUCUCCACCAUCCCCCUCAAGGUGGGGGCGGAGCUCAGGAUGGGGGGGCGGGGCCUGCAGGUGGCCGUGUGUCGCUACAGCGCCGUCCUCUUCUACUCCUCCAUGUACGUGGGCAUCGUGUUCAUGGGCCUCAUCAGCCUGGACCGCUACGUCACCAUCACCCGGCGCACCUCCACCUCCUGGCUCCUGCACAGGGUGGGCGUGGCCCGCCUCCUGGCACUGGUCACAUGGUGCCUCCUGCUCCUCAGCGUGCUGCCCAACGUCCUGCUGACCAGCCGCUACCCCCUCCCCAACUCCUCCGUCUCCUGCAUGGAGCUGAAGACGCCCCUGGGCCUGCAGUGGCACCGCGCCUCCACCCUGAGCAGCGUGGCGCUCUUCUGGGCCACGCUGCUCCUCCUCUGCUCCUGCUACGCCUCCAUCGCCCGCCGCGUCUUCCGCUCCUCCCGCCGCGAGCGCGGCGGGGGCCCGUGCCGGCGCUCGGGGCGCAGCAUCGUGGUGCUGCUCCUGGUGUUCCUGCUGUGCUUUGUGCCCUACCACGCCUGCAGGGUGCCCUACACGCUGAGCCAGACGGCCGGGGCCGGCUUCAGCCAGCACACGCGCUACGUCCUCUUCCAGCUGAAGGAGGCCACGCUCCUGCUGUCCUCCGUCAACGUUUGCCUGGACCCCCUCAUCUACUUCUUCAUGUGCAGGAGCUUCAGGGAGUCACUGCUGAGGAAGAUGGUCAGAUAA